AUGUCGCUACAUUGUAAAGAAAUGGAACCCAUCAGACAGAUACAUAUCACACCAUUCCUGCACAAAGAAGAAAACUCUAAUAAUUGUACAGCAACAGUGAACCACUGCACAUUCUCUCGUGAUGGCCAGCUCCUAUUAACGGGUUCAGAUGACUGUAAUGCUUGUAUCUGGUAUGUUAAAGGUGAAAAACUUCUAUCUAAAGUAAAAGGUCACACAGGCCCAGUGAAGGCUUGUGAGUUCUCUAAUGACUCUAGUCUCUUCGCCACUGGAUCCUGUGAUUGUACUGUAAAAAUAUGGAAGACAAAAACAGGAAGAUGUCUGCACACUUUACAAGGACACAGUAAAAGUGUGGAGACUGUAUGCUUCAACCUUAAUUCGAGGCUGCUAGCAUCUGCUGGCUGGGACCACACAGCUAUUCUUUGGGAUACAAUGACAGGCUUUGCUUUGAAAGUUCUUUCUGGACACAAGAAUGUCAUCAAAACCUGUGACUUUUCAAACACUGGAGAAUAUCUGGCCACUGGAUCCUGGGAUUAUACAAUCAGAGUGUGGAAGGUACAAAAAACUACACGGAGAAUAACUCUGCAUGGUCACACAGGCAACGUGAGCUGUGUAAAGUUUUCUGCAUUUGGAAUGUUGGCUUCAGGGUCCUGGGACAAGACUGUAUGUGUAUGGAAUUCAAAAAAUGGACGCCUGAUCUUUCAUCUGAAGGAGCACACUGGCCGGGUGAUGGCUCUUUCAUUCUCCAUGGAUUCAAUUCUAUUGGUGACAGCAGCAGAAGAUGAAACGGUGAAUGUGAAGGAAUUGACUUGUACAGGAAUUCUUGGUUUCCAUUGA